CUGUUUUUUUCUUUUUCUUUUUUUGCGAGUCCUUGAAAGGAAAAAAGAAUUGGGUCUUCUCUUUAUGAUGGUGAUUUAAUGAGUCUAAGAAUCGAGUCUUUUAUCUUCAAUCAACAGAUUGUUAUAAACCCACUUAUUCUUUGGCUAAUUUUUGUUACAUGGUUAGGUUUUUCUUUUCUCUGUUUGUAAUGGUGACAGUGCUGUUUUGCUGUUUGAAUUUUGGAGGCCAACUGACUGACUGUAAAUUGGAGUACAUACUAUAUGUUUGUUUCUUUAUGGUGUACUGAUGUUAUACUGAUGCAACUAUAAAUUAUUUGUUUUAAAAAAAAAAAUUUGUUUUGUUCAAUUUAAAGCUAGAAAGAUUUGGUUUUGCUUGGAAACUCUAUUAAUUGAAACUUUACUAUAUCCUUCAUUACAAGUAUGCAAGUAUGAACUAAUGGAAUUAACGAGCUUCACUCUGUCUUACUGUUUCUUAAUGGCAACCAUGAGCGGAACUUUGUUUCAUUCCCUCAAUAAUACCUGUUGAAAUUUGAGGUGUAUUUAUGCCUUCUUGUCAACUAGUAUGUAUGUCUCAUUCAUUUGGUAGUUUAACAUUCAUCAAUUGGCAUAAUGUAUUGGUGCUUGCAAGAAUUUAUUUGACUGAUAUGAACUUGAGAGGCAUAAGGAUUGAAAUAAUGUCCAAACUAAACUCUUUUAUGAAAAUGUGAAAUUUGAAACAUUUUAAUGAAAAUUUGAGGAACAUGCAAGAUUGUCAGAUGCGUUCUAACUUUUUCAUAUCAUAGGAAGAGCAGCAGGUACUUUAUCUCUAUAUAAUCCCAGAGUUCACUAAUGUGACAACAAACCCACUUGGUCAUUCAUAUGGGAUGCAUAAAUUGCACUGCUUAGUAGUGUUUGACUCAUUUCAUGUCCCAUUAUGAGCACGUAAGGAUAAAGAUUUCUUCCUUGUCCUGAGAGAAAGUGGUGUAGACUAUAAAAUACAGUUGUUGUGGAGAGGCUUCAGAGUAUUGAUGGGAACAAAGCGCACUAGGACUGCUCCACAAACUGAAAAUGUUGACCAACUUUCAGUCCCACCAGGUUUUGUAUCUCUGACGUCCUUUAGGCUGAGGAAAGUAGAAAAUAGUGAUCAGACUUGUAACUCCAUGGGCUCUGCAAGUGCAACCAAAGGAGAUCAAAUCCAGAUGGAUGCAGCAUUAAAUGAGAUUGAAGUCGCAUCACUGAAGAGAUCUAUUCAGCAUCGGCCGUGGAUGCUUGACUACCAGAAAAUGCAAAACCAGGAGGAAUCUGAUUCUGAACCAGUCGUUAUGAAUCGUCCUUCCAGAACCUCCCUCCCAAGAGGGGUUUCUCAUGGAUGUCCAGAUUGCAGUAAUUGCUUGAAGGUAAGGGCAAGGUGGCGUCCUGAGGAUGCAAGAAAGGAUGUACUUGAUGAGGCUCCCUUUUUCUAUCCUACUGAAGAGGAAUUUAAAGACACAUUGAACUAUAUCACAAGUAUACACCCCAAAGUGGAGGCCUAUGGAAUCUGUCGUAUUGUACCUCCUCUUACAUGGGACCUUCCUUGCCUUAUUAAGGAAAAAAGACUUUGGGAAUCAUCUUUUUUUGCUACACAAAUCCAACGGGUAGAUGGGCUUCAAAAUCACUAUGUACAGGAAAAAAUUGCUGGAGUUCACGAAAAUGGAACCUGUAAGAGGAGAAACAGCUUCAGAUUGGAUUUGGAAAGUGGAGUUGAUAAUGGAGGCACUAAUGGUACUGAUGGAGUUGGGAUCUCUGACAUUGAAAGUUUUGAAUUUGAUACUGGCCCUGAAUUUACUCUUGAAACUUUCCAGAAAUAUGCUGAUGAUUUCAAGAGUCAAUACUUUUGUUCCAGUAGUAAAGUUGUGGGCUCAGAUGUGAAUCAAGAGAGGUGGGAACCAUCAUUGGAUGAUAUAGAAGGUGAGUACGGACGAAUUAUUGAGCAUCCUACUGAAGAAAUUGAGGUGCUUUAUGGUGGAGACCUGGACACUGGAGCUUUUGGUAGUGGAUUUCCUACAAAACCUCAUUUCUCAGAAGUGUCUGAUAAUCAUGAUUAUGUGAAUUCAGGCUGGAACUUAAACAAUACACCUAGGCUUCCGUGCUCUCUUCUUUCUUUCGAAAGCUUUAAAACUUCUGGUGUUUUGGUGCCUCAAAUGAAAAUAGGAACUUGCUUCUCUUCGUUUUGUUGGAAAGUUGAAGAGCACCACUUGUAUUCACUCUGUUACAUUCAUUUGGGCGCCCCUAAAAUAUGGUAUAGCAUUCCGGGCAGUUACAAAGUUAAGUUUGAGGCUGUUAUGAAGAAACACCUACCAGAUUUGUUCGUGGAACAGCCUAAAUUGCGGGAUAGGCCGGUCUCAAAACUAUCCUUGUCAACAUUGAAGUCUGAAGGCAUACCUGUUUAUCGUUGCAUUCAGUAUCCUGGGGAGUUUAUUCUCAUCCUUCCAGGAGCAUAUUAUUCAGGUUUUGACUCUGGCUUUAAUUGUGCCGAGGCAGUGAGUUUUGCUCCCAUCGAUUGGUUGCCACAUGGACAGCAUGUUGUAGAACUCUACUGUGAAAGUAGGAUAAAAACUUCAAUUUCCCAUGAUAAGCUUUUGUUGGGUGCGGCUAGGGAAGCUGUAAGGGCACAGUGGGAAAUUUCACUGUUGAGGAAGAAUACUCCUGACACUUUAAGAUGGAAAAGUGCCUGUGGAAAGGAUGGUAUCUUAGCAAAAGCACUCAAGUCACGUAUCAAGUUGGAAGGCAAUAAAAGGAAGUAUCUCUGCACCUCUUCUCAGUCACAGAGAAUGGACCAAGACUUUGAUGCCCUGAUCAAGAGGGAAUGCAGCAUAUGCUUCUAUGAUUUACACCUUUCUGCAGUGCGGUGUCAAUGUUCUGCUGACAGAUACUCAUGUCUUAUUCAUUCGAAGCAGCUAUGUUCUUGUGCUUGGAGUGAAAAGAUAUUUCUUUUCCGCUAUGAAAUCAGCGAGCUAAAUACUCUUCUUGAAGCCCUUGAAGGAAAACUAAGCUCAGUCUACAAAUGUGCCAGAGAAGUUCUUAAACUGUCACUAUUCUGUUCCAUCUCUGAAAUUAGUUCACAAACACCAAGACCCACAAAAACAUCGAAAGAUAAAGAGCACAAACCCCAACAUGCAGCAUGGCCCAAGAGUACUGUUUCGAGCAUCAAGGAAGAUAUAAAGGCACGCAUGAUCCGAUCAAGAUCCCUGGAAGCACAGAAGCAGAAGCAGAAAUCUUCAACAUCUAUUUUUGCGACAAGUGCAACGCAGAAAUCUUCAAAAUCUACAUUUGCCACAAGUGCAACUGCAAAUGAUCCUCUUUUGUUAUCAUCAUCCGAAAGCUCCUUGGAGUCGGGGGCAUCUGAAAGUAGAAGUGUCUCGAGUUCCUCAGACUCGGGGGCAUGUAAUAAUAGUAAAUAUCUUUAGGAAAUGUAUAGUUCUUCUUGCUUCCGCCUUGAUCGAGCCUUGAUCGAACAUUACUGAAAGAGCAAAAACCUACAGCAAGCAAGCACAUCAGUGACCUGCUUCCAGCUCAAGCUGGGUUGUGGAGGAACAAAGUAAAAACCAAGCACAGGAAAUAGCUAUGCGGAUUGGUCUAUUAACAAGUGUAGAUUAUUACAGUAGCAUCCACCAAAAAUGGCGAUUUCUUACGAUGAUUAAGAAAUGAUCUUUUAGGUGACAGAAUUAACAGUUGAAUGUUGUCUCUUUCUUGAUAAUUAUUUGUAGGAGGAACGCUCAGCUAGGCCGCACCACUUUGAAGCCAGAACCAAAUUGACCCAAUUUUUCUU